AUGGCGGCGGAGCUAGCUGAGCGGAGAGCUGGGGCCGCAGGCAGUAGGGGCCACAAGGAGCGGAGCGACAGCGGCCGGCGGCAGGCAGUCCUCGGAGGAGGCGCUGCCGGCGGGAAGAGGAGGGUCGUAGGCGGCGGCAACGGCAACAGGGUUGCCGGAGGGAGGCCGGAAGGGGGCCGAUGCCGGAAAGUGCAGGGCGGCGGCAGUAGGGUACGGGGCCCGAGGUCCUGCAGGGUCUGCGGAGCCAGGGGGCCCACGGGGCGUAGGGAGCGGAGGGCCGUAGGAGGUGGGAGCUGCAGCGAUAGCGGCCGACGGCAGGUAGUCUCCGGAGGAGGCGCUGCUGGCGGGAAGAGGAGGGUCGCAGGCGGCGGCAGCGGCAGCAGCUUUGCCGGAGGGAGGCCGGAAGGGGGCCGACGGGGGCCAGUGCCGGAAAGUGCAGGGCGGCGGCAGCAGGGUGCGGGGACCGAGGUCCUACAGGGUCUGCGGAGCUAG